ACCACAAGCCACAGAGCGGAGAGCAGAGGCCACAGAGCGGAGAGCAGCUCCAGCACGGUGGACUUGGACUCGGUAGGUCCUCACAGGAAGCAGACCUUCACAGCCCUUCUGAGGAUUCUGGCCAGUUGGAGGCGGUGGUCAUGGCGGUGGCUCUCCAGGUCGUGGGUUUGGUUCUGGGCGUGCUGUCCUGGUGCCUGCAGUCCAGUUGUACCAGUUCACAGGUGUGGAAGUUUCGCAGCCAGUCGGACUCGGUGAGCAGCAGUGUCCAGCACUUCGAAGGCCUGUGGAUGAGCUGCGCCGCCACAUCACUGGGUUCCAUUCAAUGCAACCGAUACCAGACCAUCUUGGGACUGCCAGAUUACAUGCAGGGCUGUCGGGCUCUGAUGGCCCUGUCUCUGAUUCUGGGUCUGACCGCCAUCAUUACCUCUGUUCUGGGACUAAAAUGCACCAAACUGGGACGAACCACUGAGCAGACCAAAUGCAAGAUGGCCCUGACCGGUGGCAUCCUGUUCAUCUUGUCAGGCAUCCUCUCACUUUCCAAGAUUGUGUUAAACAAUCUAGUGAAAAACCCCACUGCCAUCUCUCCUAAACACCUCCAUGCCUCCACAGGUGUGUGUACUCUGAUCGCCGUGUCCUGGUAUGCUGCCCGCAUAGUACAGGAGUUUCAUGACCCAUACCAUGUAGGGGUCAGGUUUGAGUUCGGUACUGGUCUCUAUCUGGGAUGGGCAGCCGCCGGUCUGGCCAUACUGGGAGGCUCCAUGCUGUGCUGUUCCUGUAGGAGAGACGCUCUGGCCCCGCCUGCAGGGCAGUACUCCUACAACUACUCCACGAAGGGGGGAGGACAGAGCAUCUACAGAUCGGUGUCUGAGUCCGCCAGCUCCAAAGCUUAUGUUUAGCACACCUGGACCAGAUUACUGUGUUACUUCUUUAUUUUCCACUUAUUUACAACUGCUACUCAUCCUGGGGUCCCCUUCCUGACGGGCUGAGGGAAGGGGAAGACUUAUAAAUGGGGUCAAAAGACCAAAUCUAAUCUGAGACCAAAAGUUGUUCUGAUGGCGCCCCAGACAGCAUCCGGAUGUGGGCCACUUCAGGCAGUGAUCCGGCACUGGUGGUCUUCUUCUGGCCCUGACAGAACAGACGUGAGCCUGAAGUGGCCCACAUGUAUAAUAGCAAAUAUGGUCCAAAUGUGCCAGAUCACAUGUGGGCCUUUUCUGGCAAAGCUGCGGUGCUCUUGGCAACAUGUGGUCUGGAUGUGACCCUGAAGUGGCCUGUGUGGUAAAUGGUGAAUAUGGCCCAAAUAUCACAAAACAAAUAUGGCCACCUUUGACAAAUAUGUGGCACAUGCGGCAUUGCCAUGGCUUGGUUCUGGCAAACGGGAGCAGACCACCCAAGUACCAUCAUUCCACACGGCAUGUGGGCCGGAUGAAGUGUCGGGUGUGGCACGGGUCCGGGCCACAGCAACUUUGCUCUCUGGGGCAGACGCAGCAGGACGGCAGCCAUCUUGUAAUUUCCCUGAACUGAUUCUCUAUAAUUUGCGUUGGCGUGGGCUGGAAUUACGAACCGUACAGAGAAAAAUAUCCAUGGCAGAACCAAGCAAAAAGCCCAAACCAGAAUGUUAGAAGCUCGGUGACAUUUUGGAGGUCGUGACCUCUGACCCCCACAGGUCUCUUCCAUUUCACAUUUACUUUCCUGUUGACUGUUGAAGUGUUGUGAUUUUAAGGUUGACAUAUGUUGUAAAUAAAAUAACU